UGCGGCAUCUGUAUACAUAUUGUGUUUUUUUCUUUGUGCAAUAACAAUUAAAAUAUGGAAAAGCCUUGAUGUGUCAGCACAUUGCAUUAAUUUAUGCUACAUUUUGUGUUUACUUAAACUAUUUGCUGUGCCUAUCGAUUUAAACAGAAGCCAUGUCGUCUGGUUUGAAGUGUCGUAAUUGCGGUUCCAAUGAGAUUGAGGAGGACAAUGCACGCGGUGAUCGGGUGUGCAUGAACUGCGGUUCUGUGCUGGAGGAUUCGCUUAUUGUAUCCGAGGUUCAGUUUGAGGAGGUGGGGCAUGGUGCCUCCGCUAUUGGACAGUUUGUUUCUGCUGAAUCUUCAGGUGGAGCUACCAAUUAUGGCUAUGGCAAGUUUCAAGUUGGCUCUGGCACUGAAUCACGCGAGGUUACUAUUAAGAAAGCCAAGAAGGACAUAACGCUGCUCUGCCAGCAGCUGCAGUUGACACAACAUUAUGCGGACACUGCGCUUAACUUCUUUAAAAUGGCCUUAAAUCGACAUCUAACUCGUGGACGCAAGAGCACACAUAUCUAUGCUGCCUGUGUGUACAUGACUUGCCGCACUGAGGGCACCUCGCAUUUGCUCAUCGAUAUCAGUGAUGUACAACAAAUUUGUUCAUACGAGCUAGGACGCACUUACUUAAAGCUCUCUCACGCCUUAUGCAUUAAUAUACCCUCCGUAGAUCCAUGUUUAUACAUUAUGCGCUUUGCCAAUCGCCUGCAGCUGGGCGCGAAGACACAUGAGGUGUCCAUGACUGCGUUGCGCAUUGUGCAGCGCAUGAAAAAGGAUUGCAUGCACUCAGGACGACGACCCACAGGACUGUGUGGUGCAGCGCUGCUGAUUGCUGCACGCAUGCACGAGUUUAGUCGCACGCUGGCGGAUGUUAUAGGCGUGGUUAAGAUACACGAGUCCACGCUGCGCAAGCGGCUGUCUGAGUUUGCAGAAACUCCCAGCGGUGGCUUAACGCUGGAAGAAUUCAUGACUGUGGAUCUGGAACGUGAGCAGGAUCCUCCCUCGUUUAAAGCAGCGCGUCUUAAGGAUCGUGAGCUUAUACAAAAUAUGGGUGUACAUGAGCUUACUGAGCUGCAAAAGCAAAUUGAUGCGCAUUUGGAAAAGGAUUUGGGCAAAUAUUCUGGCAGCAUUAUGCGUCACUUGACCAAGGGCAAGAAGGAGCACAAGCAAGAGGCUGUGGGCACGCCAGAUUCAGAAAAGGAAAUUGAAGCAGCAGACAGCAGACAGUUUAUUGAGCAAUCCAAUGCCAAGGUGAUCAAAGAGUUUAUGGAGGAUAAUACAGACGAGACUGAACCAGCGCCAAGCAUGAGCAAUGCUGGCAUAGAAGGACUACGUCCUGAUAUUGAAGCUAUAUGCCGAGUGACACAAAGUGAGCUGGAUGAAGUGGAGCGUGCCAAGAAGCCCACAGUAACCGAACUAUUCAUAGAUGAUUUGAAUGAUGAUGAACUCGAUCAGUAUGUGCUCACUGAAGAGGAAGCUGUUUCGAAGCUCGACAUGUGGAAGAAUCUAAAUGCAGAGUAUUUAAAAGAGCAAAAGGAACGCGAGGAGCGCCUGGCCAAGGAGCGUGAGGAGGGCAAGCCGGAGAAAAAGAAACGCAAGCCACGCAAGAAAGUUAUAGGCCCCUCAUCCACUGCUGGCGAGGCCAUUGAAAAAAUGCUACAGGAAAAGAAAAUCUCUAGCAAAAUAAAUUACGAUAUACUCAAAACUCUAACCGAAGGCAUUGGCACGCUAAAGAGCGAGCAUGAGACUAAAGUGGAGCUGCCCAAGCCCAGCAGCUUGGAGGAGCUGCAACUAGCGCCUGUCAUAGUCGAGGACGGGCCCAUAACUAGCAAGAAGAGUCGCAGCAAAGCUGCUGCUGCUGCUUAUGAGCUGCCAGGACCUAGUCAGAAGCGUGUUAAGCUUGAAGCAGCUCUGCCCAUAAGUCAGCCAGCUGAGCCGCAGUUGGAAGCCGCCGUAGCAGAUGAGCUGGAGGAAGAUGCUGAGGCGGAUGAGGUGGAGGCUGAGCCAGAGCCCGAGCAGGAGGCCACACUACACGACAUGCUUAACCAGGGCGCUGGUGAUGACGAUGAAUAUGGCUAUGGCUUUGAUGAGGAGGAGGAAUAUUAGUUGUAAGCAUUUGCAUUUAAGCAGUUUUCUACAUUCACUUUGGUAUUUUCUAUGUAUAUGACUGAUAAAUCAGCCUA